GCAGCGGACGCUUGGGUAUCUGGUGGUUUCCUCUCGUGGGGUGGAACUCUCCGCGAAGACCUCAACUCUAGCGUCUUUUCUCCGGAGCUAUAAAGUUCAGAAAACAUGUCUCGAAGAUAUGACUCCAGGACCACUAUAUUUUCUCCAGAAGGUCGCUUGUACCAAGUUGAAUAUGCCAUGGAGGCGAUUGGACAUGCAGGCACCUGUCUGGGAAUUUUAGCAAACGAUGGUGUUUUGCUUGCAGCAGAGCGACGCAACAUCCACAAGCUUCUUGAUGAAGUCUUUUUUUCCGAAAAAAUUUAUAAACUCAAUGAGGACAUGGCUUGCAGUGUGGCUGGCAUUACUUCUGACGCCAAUGUUCUGACUAAUGAACUGAGACUCAUUGCUCAAAGGUAUUUAUUACAGUACCAGGAGCCAAUUCCUUGUGAGCAGUUGGUUACAGCUCUGUGUGAUAUCAAACAAGCUUAUACACAGUUUGGAGGAAAACGUCCCUUUGGUGUUUCAUUGCUGUACAUCGGCUGGGAUAAGCACUAUGGCUUUCAGCUUUAUCAGAGUGAUCCUAGUGGAAAUUAUGGGGGAUGGAAAGCCACGUGCAUUGGAAAUAAUAGCGCCGCAGCCGUGUCCAUGUUAAAACAAGACUACAAAGAAGGAGAAAUGACACUGAAGUCAGCACUUGCUUUAGCCAUCAAAGUCCUCAAUAAAACCAUGGAUGUUAGCAAACUCUCUGCCGAAAAAGUGGAAAUUGCCACCCUAACAAGAGAGAAUGGGAAGACGGUCAUCAGAGUUCUCAAGCAGAAGGAAGUGGAGCAGUUGAUCAAAAAGCAUGAGGAAGAAGAAGCUAAGGCUGAGCGGGAGAAGAAGGAGAAAGAACAAAAAGAAAAAGACAAAUAGAAGGCAAAAUUGGGGCAUUUAUAACUCUCGGGGCCCCCUGGCAGUGGGAAAGCUGUCCUCUUCCAUGUUGGGAACGCGUUGGCCUUUUUCAGCCUGGAUGUGGGAAAGUAGGAUGGUACCAUCUGAUUGGGCCCUUGAUUAUUCUGUCCAGUUGAAUGAUGAUUGCUCUUCAUGGACCUUUAAUACCCCCUCCCCCUUUUUUGGAAUAAAACUUGGAAAGAAUGGAAGUGUUGAAGAAAAAAUUGUCAUAGCAGUAAUUGUUAGAUGCCAGGAUUGAUAGGUCUGUGGUCUUUCAUGCUUUGGUGUACUGUGGCAGCCCUUGCAGUUACAUUUACACAGGUUGUUAAAAUUGACAGAAAUGUGAGUAUUAUAAGGAGGGAAGGAUGGGAAUUGUGCCCUGAAGGUUUCUGUUGCUGUGUCCCCUACCAUCUUGGGGAACCCAUGGCCCUAGGCCUCUGAUGGGAAUGUCAGGUGAGGCCCAUCCAGUGAAGGGAGAAUCACACUCCUCUAGGUGUUGCCAGCCUUUGAUGAUGAUGGAUCUUCCUACUGGACUUAAAAUUGUGUGGGGGUGCAUUUAUAAACAUACAUUUAUACACAGAUCACACAGACGUGAAAGGCCCAAUUAAUGUGAAAGCCCUGUACCCACUACCCAUUCUCAGGAACAACUUAAUCAGUACUUUUGAAGCCCCUGUGUGUCCCUUUCAGAUCUCAUUUCUCUCUACCCCCCAAGAGAUAACUAUCUCGAGUUUAUCUUCCUCUUAGCUAUGGUUUUUACAGUCUGGUUUUCUGUCCCUCUACUCCAGGUGGGCACAUCCCUCAGGCUCACCAGGUGACCUGUCUCUGUGUCCGGGGAUUGGUUUGAGAAUGAACCUGUGGGCUGAGCCAAGCCAGAAUUGUGUGGGUGUGAGGAAAGAAUGUUGAGGACCCUGCCGCUAGAACAGGCCCACACAGGCACGUGGGAAGUGUUGUGCAGGAGGUUAAGGCCUCCGGAAAAGUGGGACCAGUCUUGGCUGCAGGGAGCUCCACUGCCGAGCUCUGUCCAACCUGAGGUUGCUGUCUGUCGCUCUGGUAGCAGUGCUGUGGAGCAGCGCAUCCACCUCCAGCAUGGCCUGGUAAUUGGCUAGUCCUGCAAAUUCUGGCGUCCCAUCCCAGAUCCACCGAAUAAGAACAGAUGGAGCCCAGCCAUCUGUUUUAUCAAGCUCUGCACUAAGAUUUGAGACUCGAUUUGCUGCAGAUUAGAAUCAGCUCGAGAGAUUUUAAAUCUCUACACAGGGUGUGCUCCCCAACAAUCAAAUCAACCUCUGGGAUGGGACCCUGGCAUUAGCAUUUCUUCAAACCUCCCCUCCCCCCACCAUGAGUAACAGACAGGCAGGGAUGGGACCAAACCAUAGCUGAGCCCUUCCAGCUGACUCCUCCCUCAAGGGCUCCAAGGAGCAGCAGUUCCUUGCAGUCUUCCAUGGUGUUCAGGCCAAGGUAUUUCCAAGCCCCUUUGACAUAGUGCUUUUUAAUCUAAAUUUUCCUUUCACUCUGUACAGCUUACUUUCAUUAUUCAGGUAGCUAUGUUCUAUGAGGUUACCGUGAACACAGUUAGCAAAUGCCAGGCAUUGCUCCCAGGGGAAGUACAGGGCUAGGUUCCUUUGAGCCUCUGGUCGCAACACUCAUCAACUGAUCAAUGCAUAACCUUGUUCUAAGUGUUUCUGUUUAAAAACAUCUCAUUUAAAAUACUUUGGUAAUUAAUAUUGAACUUCUGGCCAAGAGCACUCUAUAUGGCUAAAUGAAGUUACCUAACAUGUAUUUUAUUCGUAGGGCACAUCUCAGCCUUCCUGCACUGUACUUAGGGGCAUGUUAAAAAGUGAAAACAAAAGCAAGCACAAAAAUGUGGCACAAAAGAGAGCAAAAGGAGAACAAACACUAAGAAGACAGUAAGUGGACACGAUAAAGUACUUUUAAAAUUUCCUAAUGUCUCUUGUUACUGUUUUGGCCUGAGACCAGGUGGAGACUAAUACAGCUGGUCGGAGGAAGAACUCUUAAGCAACGUUGCACAAAUGAGUGAAACCAUGUCAAAUGCUUUUUUAAAAUUUCCAGAUGCUGCUCAGCUGUAUUCUUUUGUACACUGUUUGUCCAUCUUCCUUGCCUGAUUUUCUAUCAGAGCACUUUUUAAAAAGUUCAUGUAUGAGCUUUGUCACCUGUGUUACAAAUGUUUUCCCAUGUUAGCAUUUGCAUUUUUGUCUUUAAUGCUCAUAUACUGAGGGUUUUGUGUGUGCUUAUGUAGGCAAAGCUAGCGAUCGUUUACAGUUCUUAUUAGUGUAAUGCAUAUAAUGAUACUUCCCAUGCCAAAGUACAUAAAUAUUCUGCUAGUAAAUUUGUGGUUUCAUCACCUUUAUCAUGCACAGUUUAAAAAAUAUAAUUGGUAUCUAUUUUUAAAAGGUAGCAUUUAAAUUAACCAUGCAAAUUUUAUUUCAUUGUUCAGAUUACUUAAGAAUUGCCCAUUCCUGAACAAAUUCAGAAUUACAUGAAAUAAGGUAGUUAUUUACCUUUUUUGGUUUAUUUAUAUAUAUAUUUUUGGUAACAGCUUUAUUGAGAUAUCAUUCAUAUACCAUACAUUCACCCAUUUAAAUUCUGCACCCAUCCAUCACCAUAAUCUUGGAACGUUUUCAUCACCCUAAAAAGAAGUCCUGCAACACUUUGCCAUCACCCCCGAGACUCCCCCAGCCCUAGGAAACCACUAAUCUAUGUUCUGUCUUUGCAACUUGCCUGUACUGGGCAUUCUAUAUGAAUUAGCUUCUCUCAGGGAGUGUAAUGUGUUCAAAGUUCUUCUAUGUUGCAGCAUGGAUCGGUCAUUCGUUUCUUUGUUUACUAGAUGAAAGAAAUAACAGCAUGAACGCAUUUUUUUGAUUACUGAAUAAAUAUUCCUUUUUUUUAUUACUGAA